AUGGGUGCCCUCAGGAAGUUUGAGGAGCAAGAGGACGAACAUGUAGUCACUAUAUCCAAACACAAGACGGGCCACAUUUCACCGGUGACUCUCUUCUUUUCCUCUGAGUUGUGGGAAUAUCUAGAUAUUUUCACAACAAUGAUGAGGAAAAGACUCCCCGGAUACACUUCGGAGUUAGCGAGGGAGGAGAGUCCGGUAUUUACGACCUUCCCUGGACCAUCAGGAGAACCGGGACCAAUGAACACAUCUUUGAUCAACAAAGCUGUGAAGUCUAUAUGGAAAGCAGCGGGAUUAAAAACAAAGUUCUCGGUAACUGACCUGAGGAAAGCUACAGCUACUAAAGUCAGGUCAAAGUUUCCCUGGGCUCGUGAUGCCCUGGCCCAACAAAUGACUCAUAGGGCAAGCACCCAGGAUCAGUAUUACAUUCUUCAGCAGAAGAAAAGAGAUAGUGCAAAAGUAGUUAAACUGAUUGAACAAGUCAUGACAGAAGAUGAGUCGGCAAUGGAAGUAUGUUCGGGCCCUGGACCCAUCAUUGAGGAGGUGGAAGAGGAAGGAGUAACAGGGACCCCUGGUCAAUCUUCUCUCCCUGAGGAGGUCUCUUAUACCCCUCAAGAGCCCCUUAUCGUCAUAACAGGCCAGAUAUCUGCCCAGGCACAUCAAGGCCCCUCGACACCUCCAGCGCCCUUGACACCUCCAGCGCCCCUGACACCUCCAGGCCCCCUGACAUCCUAUGAGGACCUAGAGCAUAAGAGACGGCUCUUUACAACUCGAGAGAGCCUCACCAUCAUCCGACUAUGUUCGUCAAUCAUCAGCCGUCCUGGAGGUGUCACUGCGGCAGCAGUGAUGAGUGCACUACAUUCUGAGGAGGAGGGAGAAGACCUCAUCAGGCGAAUCCGAGUUUUGCAUCCGGAUUCUUAUCAAAAGAGAAUUACUGACAGAGUCAGAACUGAAAAGAGAAAACUUAAACUAAAUCAAUAA